AUGUCUGAACUAGAUGAAGAAAUGAGAAAUAGAUCAUCUGAAAGUGAAGGAGAAGGAGAUGAUCUAAGACCAGGAAAAGAAGUUUACGAUUCAUCAGAAGAGGACGAAGAAGACGAUGAAGAAGAAAUCCAAAAAAUCAGAGAUGGAUUCAUCGUUGAUGAUGAUGAAGAUGAUGUUACUGAAAGAAAGAAGAAGAAACAUAAACGUCGUCGUGAGCGUGCUGAACGUCAAAAACAAGCAGCUGAGGAAGAUUUUUUAGAUGAAGAUGAUUUAGACCUUAUGAUGGAAAACUCAGGUGUAAGAAGCAACAAAAGUAAAUCAAAAUUCAAACGUCUGAAAAGAGCUCCAACUGAAGAACCUGAGCCAAAGAGAGGUGAUUUGAAUGCAUUCUUCUCAGAAGAUGAAGAUAACGCUGAAGGUGACGACGGUGAAGAUGAAGAUGGCGGUUCACGUUCUAGGGUUAAUCAGAGAAGUAUGGUCGAUGAAUUGGAUGAUUUCAUUGAAGAAGAUGAAUUUUCAGAACUGGAUGAAGAAGCUCGUGCUGAAGCCCGUGAAAGACGUAAACAAGAAAGAUUAAAACCAACCGAAAUAUCAGGUAUUGAUUCUGAAAAAGUGGAUGAACUUUAUGACAUUUUUGGGGAUGGUGAAGAAUAUGCAUGGGCUCUUGAAGGUGAAGAAGAAGACGCUGAAAAUGAAGAAUCUGGUAGACCACAAUUGAAAGAUAUUUAUGAACCUGAAGAAUUGAAAGCCAAACUUUUGACUGAUAGUGAUCGUGUUAUUAGAGAUACUGAUGUUCCAGAACGUUAUCAGGAAUUAAGAAGAAACAUCAAAGAAUACGAUCUUAAUGACGAUGACUUUGACUAUGAAGUUGAAUGGAUGUUGUACCAAUUAACCGUUGAAAAGAAUCUGGAUCAAGAUCCAGCAUUCGACAGAGAAGCUUUCAAAGGCGCUAUUAGAGAUGCUUUGACUUUCAUCACCAAAGAGAACUUAGAAGUACCAUUUAUAUUUUCACAUCGUCGUGAUCAUCUUUUGAAGACCACUAUUAUCGGUGAAGGUGAUGAUGUAAAUACUGAAGUUCAAACAUUACUUGAAGAACAAGAUUUGUGGAGAAUUGUGUUUUUAGAUAUUGAGUUCCAUUCAGUGAUGGAGAAGAAAAACCAAGUUCGUAAACUCAUGUCUGAACUUUCAAUUGAUGAUGAUUUGAUCACUUCACAUUUCUAUGGUGCAACUGAAAUUACAGAUUUACAAGAUAUUUUUGAAAACAUCAAUUUCAAUUAUGCAUCACAACUCAAAGAUAUCAACACUAAAAAGGUUCAUAGAACAACACUUUAUGAAAGGGUUAAAGCAGAUAGAUUGUAUGAAGUUGUUCAAGCUAUUGGUAUUUCUGCUGAUCAAGCUGCUGAAAACAUUGUUCAAGGUACAAGACUUUAUGCUACUAAUGAUACUGAUAUUUCACCAUAUAACUUGGCUGAACAAAUCUGUGAGGAUGAAAAUUCACUUUAUGCUAAACCAUCACAAGCCUUAGAAGUCUCCAAACAUUAUUUUGCCGAACAAUUAUUCGUGGAUGUUAGAUUAAGAAAAUAUUUGAGAAACACAUUUAGAGAUUAUGCCAAAUUAAGUAUAUCAUUAACUGAACAAGGUAGACUCAAAAUUGAUAAGAACAGUCCAUAUGCUGAUUUCAAAUAUGCCAUCAAUCGUGCAAUUGAUACAUUAUACGCUCAACCAGAUUUGUUUUUAAGAAUGUUAGAGGCUGAAUCACAACAUCUUAUUGAGAUUAAGCUAGAAAUCAUUUCAGCUGAUAGUUUCUUCGAAGAUAUGGCAUCCAGAGUGUUAUCUGAUGGUCAAUCUGAUAUUGCUUUUGAAUGGAAUGAAUUUCGUCGUUCAGCAUUCGAUAUUGCCAUCAAAAAGUUAUUACCUUUAGUCACAUUAAAUAUCAAGGAAAACAUCCGCCGUGAAUGUGAACGUUUAUUGGUUACACAAGUUCGUGAUGCAGUUUUGUCUAAAGUCGAUCAAGCUCCAUUUCAACCACCGGGUACUGAGUUCGGUACAGUUGCAAAGGUGUUAGCUAUAAGUCCUGGUAAUGGUAGAUUUGGUAGUGAUGCUGUCAUUUGUUCUUUAAUUGAUGAACAUGGUGCAUUUGUUGAGGAUAGAAAAUUAGAUGGUAAUCCUUUGCGUCAUAGGGAUAGAUUACAAGAAGGUGAAAUUGCGUUUGAAGUUGAAUUGGAAGCUGUUAUUAGAGACUGGAAACCAGAUGUUAUUGGUAUCAAUGGUUACAAUGUUCAAAGUCAUAAGUUGUUUUUAGCUAUUCAAAAAAUCAUUCAAGAGCAACAAUUGACAUUGGAAGGUGAUGAUUCACAAUUGAUUGAAUUGGUUUGGGUAAACGAUGAAGUUGCUUUGAGAUAUCAAUCAUCAAACAAGGCAUAUGAAGAAUUCCCAGAUAAACCAGCUGUUGUUAAAUAUACUAUUGCUUUGGCUCGUUAUAUGCAAUCACCUCUAUUGGAAUAUUUAAGUUUGGGUGCUGAUAUUGCAUCUCUUUCAUUCCACCCACAUCAAAAUUUACUUAGUGAAGAAAGACUCAAUGAAGCUAUAAUGUCUGCAUUAGUUGAUAUUGUUAAUAUGACUGGUGUUGAUAUCAACAAAUGUGUUUCCAACUCUUAUUUAGCUGCUGCAUUACCAUAUGUUGCUGGUUUAGGUGAACGUAAAGCUUUCGGUUUAUUGAGAGCUAUUCAACAACAUCCAUUAUUCAGUCGUCAAGCUUUGAUUACAAAUGAAAACAUUAGAAUUGGGUCAACAAUUUUCUUAAACUGUGCCAGUUUCUUAAGAAUACCUCAAAAUGUUACCAGAAGAAAUGCAGUUAGAGCAAAUGAAGAAGCUGAAGCUGUUACAUUAUUAGAUGAUACAAGAAUACACCCAGAAGAUUAUACGUUGGCUGAUAAAAUGGCUGCUGAUGCUUUGGAUCUUGGUGAAGAUGAAAUUAAUGAGCUGAAAGAUGCCCCAGCAGGUGACACCAUUAUAGAUAGACUUAUUGAACAAGGUACAGAAUUGUUACAAAGUUUGAUUUUGGAAGAUUAUUCUAAGCAAUUAGAAACAACAUAUCAUAAGAAAAAGAGAGCUACUUUACAAAUGAUUUUAGAAGAAUUACAAGGUCCGUUUGCUGAAAUUAGAAAAUCUUAUCAUAUUUUACAACCUGGUGAAGUUUUCGAAUCACUAACUGGUGAUUCUCCAGAUAGUUUCCAUAUUGGUGUUGUCUUACCUAUAAGUAUCAAGAGAGUGAAUAACUACGAAGUCAGUGGGCUCACUUCAAAUCAAAUUUAUUGUACAGCCAACAGUGAUAGGGCUCUUGAAAGAGGUGAUACUAGAUCUUUACCUGAUAUUUAUACUUUUGGUCAAGCGGUACCAGCAAAACUAUUGAAUAUUGAUUAUGAAAAAUUUGCUGCUGAAGUCAGUCUUUUAAAACGUGAUAUACAGAAUCCUACCUCUAAAUUCAUAAGAAAAGAAAUUACACAAUGGAAUUUUGAUCAAGAAAGAUAUGAUGAAGAUAUUGAAAAGAAAAAAGAAGAAACAAGUAAAAAAGCAAAUAGAAUUAUCAAACAUCCAAACUUUCAAAAUUUCAGUGCUGUUCAAGCCCAAAAUUAUUUAGCUCCAAAAGAACGUGGUUCUGUUGUUAUUAGACCAUCAUCCAAAGGUAACGAUCAUAUUGCUGUUACAUGGAAAGUUGAUAAUAAUUUAUUCCAACAUGUUGAUGUUGUAGAACAUGAUAAAGAAUCAGAUUUCUCACUGGGUAGAAGAUUAGUUAUUGGUAAUACAGAAUUUUCCGAUCUUGAUGAAAUUAUUGAAACAUAUGUUGGUGAAAUUGUUAAGAAAGUUAAUGAAAUGACAAAUCAUGAUAAAUUCCGUAAAGGUACAAAAGAUGAAGUUACACAAUGGUUAGAUAACUAUGCUAAAGCUAAUCCAAAGAGAGCAUCAUAUGCAUUUGCUUUAGAUCAUAAAAGACCUGGUUGGUUCUUACUGCUAUUUAAAACAAGUGCAAACAGUAAGAUGUACAUAUGGAAUGUCAAAGCUAUUCCAAAUGGUUUUGAAUUACACGGAUAUCCUUAUCCAGAUAUGACAUUAUUAUGUAAUGGUUUUAAAACUUUGAUCAAGAGUAAAUUAACUCAAAAACAAACUGCUCCACAAAGAGGCGGUUAUACACAAAAUUAUACACCAGGUGGUUACGGUGGUUACAAUAACUAUGGAGGUCAACAAUCUUAUGGUCAACCAUCUUAUGGAGCACCAGGGUAUUAG